CUCAGGGUUUGAGGGUUACGGUGCGCGCUCCCGCUCGGCGGUGGCCGCUCUUCGUGUGUUCGGAGCGAGACGCGCGUCCACCCACGCGCUCCGUGAGAUUACCCUUCACUCCUGGAUCGGAGUAUUCUUGCGUGUUCGUGGUGUGUUGUGGAGGAGGCGUGCGUGUAUCCCCACCCCCCCCAACCACCACCUUCACGGAGCAUGUUGUCAUCCCGUCUUUGUCUCACAUGAGUCGGGACUGCUGAGAGCCAACUUGGCCUCCGGUCGAGGCUCCGUUGGGUGAACUUAUACUUUUUCUUCUUGAUUGUUUUGAAGCCGCCGAGCAGAGCAGGGAUGUCUUCUUCCCGCGUGGAUUACGUGGCGCCAUGGUGGACCUACUGGCUGCACACCUUCCCUCACAUCAACCUCAGCUUCCAGCCCGUGGACAACACCUUCCAUCCCGAGCAGGAGAACUACCAGCAGUCACUGCUGUUCGUGUGCUGCAUGGCGGCGGCGGCGCUCGGCGUGAACCUUCUGUGUCUGGCCGUCUACCUCGGCUGCCUCUGCUGCCGCCGCAAGGACGAGGAGGAUGAGGACAGCAAGAAGCCCACGUCCUGCUGCGUCACCUGGUCGGCCGUUAGCGCUGGCCUGGUCACAUGCGUGGCAGUGGGUGUGGGUUUCUAUGGCAACAGCGAGACCAACGACGGCGUGUACCAGCUGACCUACUCCCUGUACAACGCCAACAACACGCUGGGCGGCGUGGACAGCCUGCUGCAGGUGACCACCACCAUGGGCAGCAUGAAGAGCGGUCUGCAUCAGCACCUGGCCAGACUGGACGAGAUCUUCGCCACACGUGGCGACUACGUUCAGACCCUGCAGUUCAUGCAGCAGAUGGCCGACAACAUCAUCAAGCAGCUUCUCGGCCUGCCGGACUGGGCGCGGGCAGACAUGGACCUGGCGUCAGUGGCCGACCUCACAGCGAGUGUGGAGUACUACAGGUGGCUGGCCUACCUGCUGCUCCUCAUCCUGGACCUGAUCAUCUGCCUGCUGGCUUGUCUGGGACUCGCCAAGCAGUCUCGCUGGCUUCUCACCACGAUGAUGCUGUGUGGGGUGCUCACCCUGAUCCUCAGCUGGGCGUCACUUGGAGCUGAACUGGCCACUGCUGUGGGCACCAGUGACUUCUGUGUGGCACCUGACAAGUACAUCAUGAGCCAAGUCAAAGGUGUCGUGGGCACAGAUAUCCUGCAUUACUACAUUUACUGCAACCACACCCUCUCCAAUCCUUACCAGCAGCCUCUCACGCUUUUCCAGAGGUCUCUGACCACCAUGCAGAUCCAGAUCCAAGGUCUGCUGCAGUUCGCCGUGCCGCUCUUCCCUACGGCGGAGAGAGACCUCCUGGGCAUCCAACGCCUUCUCAACACGUCAGAGGCCAGCCUGCACCAGCUGACUGCUCUGCUGGACUGCAGGGGACUCAACAAGGACUACCUGGACGCUAUGGUGGGCGUGUGCUACGACGGCGUGGAGGGCGUGCUCUACCUAUGCCUCUUCUCUAUUUUGGCGGCAUGCGCCUUCACCGUCAUGCUGUGUGCCGUCCCCAAAGCCUGGACACAAAUAGCUAGCAGGGAGCAGGACUACGACGACAUCGAUGAUGAGGACCCCUUCAACCCACGGCGGAACGGAAUGGCCUCACAGAACCAGAACCAGACUAACAUGCACAGCUUGUGCAGCUACAGCAGCAGCAUGGGCAGCCAAAACAGCCUCCAGCCUCCCCCGCCCCUCUCUAGCACACCCAUGGGCGACUACACGAACCAGCAUGCCCUGUUUGGAGGGAACCCUCGUUAUGAGAACGUGCCUCUGAUUGGACGAGGCUCGCCCCCACCCUCGGUAUACACUCAGCAGUAUAGAAGCAGAUACUCCCCCAGCAUGAGGGCCACCUACCUGUCCAUGACCGACCAGCAGAGCCGCCACUUUGGGAACGACUUUCAAGCAUAGACAUUUUAUUUGAAGCUUUCUUUCUUCAGGGACAUUGUCUUCCAAGUGUAGAUGUCACAUGACCACUCUCAGGUCAAAGGUGAGCAAAGACUGUGUAGAAUGGAAAGAAUGGCCCAAAGUGUGAUUCCAUGACACAACAUCCUACUAAAUCUUUUCUUAUGAGAUUCUAUAUCAUUUUGUACUAAAGGACAGCUUCUGUUAGCAUGACUUUAUUGGUUCACUCAUUUCUAUUUUUCUGCACACACUGAACUGCUGUCAAAUACUUGGACAGCCGCUUAGCUGUGUUAUGUUUUCGAUAUUUGUUUUGUUCCCAACCACAAGGUGCCAUUUUUCACCUCCUUAUGAGUCUCUGCUGCUCUUCUAACCAGCAUGAAGAUAUUCAGGUAACAGCAUCAUUCUGCUCAUCAGCACAACCCUGUUCUAUGGUCGUAUCCCCACUGGGGCGGGGCAUGCUGGAGGCUAUCCUAGCUGUCUUGGUAUCAGCAUAAUCAUAUUCCCAAAUCAUGCAGUGGGGUUGUUUGAGCAUGAGUGGGGGGGCACAGGCACCGAGGGUGGUCGUUCAUUCUGUGUGGGACCUGAAAGAUCUGGGCUCCGUUUGUGAGUUAAAUAAAUGAAUUUUACGUAUCAAUGUUAUCUUCUUCUAUUAUUCCGUACAUUGCUGGAGAUUGUAGUUCAUAUUUCUUCAGCAGGGGUCAGCAAAGCUGAAAAAAAAAGUUUAUGGGCCGUUCAAGUGAUUGUGAAAAAUAAGUACUUUUCAUGUGUCGUGAUGUUUUAUUUAUUUCUACAUGUUUGGCAUCACAGGUGUGCCUAAUAUUCUGGCCCGUGCUCGUGAAUUAAAAAGUACGUCACCGUUGUUUACCGAGUCCGAGUCUCCAGGGGCGACGUCGCGUCCA